AUGGGUGACUUGUCGACGCUGGCCAAUGGCUUUAGCGUGAUCGGUCUGGCGGAUGUGGUCUGCCGUGCAUCCAUCCAGCUUUAUGACUUGAUACAGGGACUUCGAAACGCUCCAGCAAGACAGCAGCGAUAUCUGGGUAUCCUAAGAGACCUUACGCUCACCGCUACUCGAGUACGACUUUGGGUCGAGAGUCAUGAGAGGUCCACAUCCUCCCUGGGCGAGGGCCAACACGAGCUGCAAGGGGUAUCGACAAUUCUCAAGGGUUCCGAGGAUCAGAUUCGGCAAUUGACAAGCUCUCUUACCCCAUCUACAGCUUCAACUUGGCUCGGUCGAUGGCGAUCAGUGGCCGGUUUUGUUUGGGACGAGACGUUAUUCCAAGAAGCUUUCGAUCUGUUGGAAAAGAAUAACAACUGCUUAUGCAUCUUGCUCCAACUUUGCUCAAUAAAGAAUGGAGUUAGUCUUAGCAGAGAAAUGAAAACCGUGAGCACGAACUUUCAAGAACUUCGGAGUGUGCUGCUCAGUUCGGGCACCACCAUUCGCCAAGACCUGGGCGCUCUCAGGGACCAGAUCCAGCUGCGUGCUAGGAGCACACCAUCCAAUGCAGAGUUUCAACUGUUAUCCCAGCAGAUUGGCGAGUCAAGCGAACAACUGAAGAAUCUCCUGGAUGACCAGCGUCUUCACUAUUCAAAUUUGGACAACGCCCUUGUUCGUCAGGCAGACCUCCAGAAGUCCCUUUUAUCGGCACUUGAAGUCGCCAGGAAGCCUGCUUUCAUUGUCGCCGCCACUCAGAUGAUUGAGGCAAAUUUAGUACGGCCGGCACCAGCACUUGAUUCUUCGAGUCAUCCCAAUACCAUGUUUGGUAUACGAAAUCCUCAUCAAGUUUUGCUGUCACUGCUGCUUAUCCGUCCAAGGCUGGUGUCUUGUAUCCAGCAGAUGGCCAACGUAGGCAGAAUGCAUCUUUCACAGCCCGAAGUCUCAUGGGUGAAGUCGGAAUUUGAACUACUCCAGCGUUCGGCGGCUUUCCUACUUGCAGAUCCAACGGCGAAGGAGAAGGAUAUGUGGUCUUGCAAACCCCAAGCCUACACGUUCCAGCCUCGGUCCAAAGACGUUCAAUUUCGCCACAAAUACGCCGAUAGGACUGCUGGAGGCCUUCUCAUUACUGACAGCUUAGUGGCCUACGAUGGAGCGAGAGAGUCUCAAGAUGCAGCCAAGUUCCAUGGUUACCGGUUUGCCUGCAUAACAAAUCCACCAGACUGCGAGCCCUCUGGACUUUUAGCAGUAUUCCAUCGAAAGCAAGAUCUUUUGAUGACAAGAAGUCCUCAGAUCACUCGAAGUUUGCGGGAGUUAACCAUUAUACCUCAAGACUCGCCGAUCUAUCAGUUCGUAAUCGAAAACAAUGUUGACAAAAUGUGCGAGAUAUUCAGUAAACGGGAAGCAUCGCCGUUUGACUACACACAGGACGGGAUGUCCCUGCUUGCUGUCGCGGCACUCUCUCUCAAUACUGAAGCGGUCGAAUUUUUGCUUCAACAAGGAGCCGAUCCGUGUAAUUGUAUUCUCGACGAAUCGGGCGCCCAUGACAUUUGGGAUGUGCUAACCAACAACGUUCCCGGCAGAGCCAGCGACGGGGAACUUUUCUACGCGGCAGAAAGGCUACGACAAACAGCAAAUCUUCUAUCCAAGAGGGGUCUCGAUCUGCCAGAAGAGACUGCGGGUCCUCAAAUGUGGAUAAGCUUAAGGGUGGCUGCAUACUUCGAUUCGGAGGAGGCUCGGACUUAUCGUGUAAGAGUUGUGAAGUGGUCACAAUGCCGCGAUCUCAUACAUGACCAGUACUCAUGUUUACCCUUCAUUGAAGAUUUAAGGGAGAGACUGGAUAGUAUGACAAAGGCAGAGGAAGGGUCUUUGGUUUUCAUGUCAGACUCUAAAAGCCUUCUCCGUCCUGUGCUGGAACGCGUUGCUCUCUGUUACUCCGACGCUGCAAAGCGAAAGUUCAAUGCUGGUUUGGAGUUCAUUCACAAGGACUCGGUGCAGGUGGAGAUCACGCCGAGAGUUCUGGGAGAUUUGGCUGCACUUGAGAAUAAGACGAGAGAAGCUGAGGGGACUUUGAAUUGUUGCGACCUCACAAAGUGGUUUUUUACGGAGCUGCUGGAAAUACUCAAGAAAGGGGCAGUCCAUCGCACUGAUAGCUCUCCCCCCUGGUAG